AUGACGGUGUUGAAUGAGUCGAUGGGGUGCAUGCUGGGGAAGCACGACGACUCUGGAAAAAGAGAACGGGCUGUCUACUACUUAAGUAAAAAGUUCACGACAUGUGAGAUGAACUACUCUCUACUGGAAAGAACAUGUUGCGCCUUGGUAUGGGCGUCCCAUCGUCUAAGACAGUACAUGUUGAGCCAUACCACCUGGUUGGUAUUCAAGAUGGACCCGAUCAAGUACAUCUUCAAGAAGCCCGCUCUCACAAGGCGGAUUGCUCGGUGGCAGGUUUUGCUAUCCAAGUUCGACAUAGUCUAUGUCACCCAAAAGGCGAUAAAGGGAAGUGCCUUGGCAGACUAUUUGGCUCAACAACCUCUCAAUGAUUACCAGCCCAUGCAUCCUGAGUUCCCAGAUGAGGACAUUAUGGCCUUAUUCGAAGAGAGGUUAGAAGAUAAGGACAAGGACAAAUGGGUCGUGUGGUUUGACGGAGCGUCUAACGCCCUAGGCCGUGGGGUUGGGGUAGCCUUGGUCUCUCCUGACAAUCAAUGCAUACCCUUCACAGCCAGACUGGGUUUCGGCUGCACCAACAACAUGGCCGAGUAUGAGGCAUGCACCCUCGGGAUCCAAGCAGCAAUUGACUUCAAUGUCAAGCUGCUCAAGAAGGCCUUCUCCGGAGGAGCCCCGGUGCUCGCCAACAUGGAUGACAAGGAGUUGCCUUCACCUGUGAACGCCGAUGUCGUCAAGCGAUACUACGCUUAA